GGGUACACGACUCUAAUCACUGAGUUGUCUUCCCUGUCAACAGAGAAUAAAAAUGGCUUCCGCUCUAUCGGAGGAGGAGUUCCAUCGCAUGCAGCUGCAGUUGCUGGAACUUAGAACUACCAACUAUGAACUAGAAGGCAAAUGCAGAAAACUGGAAAGAGAGUUGACUGAGUCCAGUGAGAAGAUUGAAACACUGGACAAGGAGCUGGCCAAAGCCAAUAAGGCAAUCAGCAAAAGUAAAAAGGCUAAGGAGACUGAGCUGCUGCUGCAAGAGAAUGACUCCUUACAAAGAAAACUACUCAGCCAGGAAGAAGAAUUUCGUCUUCAAAACCAGACAUUGAUGACAGAACUGUCAAUGCUUGUGGCUAUUAAUGAAAAACUGGAGAACGAAGUGGCAGAUCUCAGAGCAUUCAAAAGUACAGCUAAAGUUAUGGCUGCCUCUGAUGACAAAUCUCAGGAAACCGAUGACCAGGUGCGGCAUUUGCAGGCUCAAAAAGCAGCACUUCAGAAGAACCUGGCAGCUCUGCAGGAAAAAUAUGAGAAGGAAGUAUCUGAUCUUCAGCAUCUUCUUCACAUGACAGCAGAGUUGGAGACAGAUAAAGGUCGCCAGUCUCCAGCAGGAAGUGAAGAUUUAAAAGAAGAGAAAAGAGAAGUCGAGGGUCAGACUGCUGAAGAUGCAGCACAGGCUCAAGUUGUUAGCUCACAGCUUGCCCAAUCGCACAAAAAGGUGGAGAGUCUUGUGGCAGAGGUUAAAGAGCUGCAGCUGAAUCUAGACACAGAACAGGAGGAGAAGCGGCUUCUGAAGGAACAACUACAUUCAUCAGAGAAAAGACUGAAGGAACAAAUUGCUUCUCUUCAAGAGGAAGUUGAAAAGCUCAAUGAAAAGCUAAGAAGGAAACAAGACAGUCUCUUACAACUGCAAAAAGAAAAGGAAACCUUGUUUGAUGAGAACAAGAGAAAGAUUGAUGAGCUUACUGCAGGAAGAGAGAGGGAUCAAAAAUACUACCAUGAACAGAUUGUCAAGCUGCAGCAGGAUCUGGUCAAAGCCCAUCAGAGCCAAGAGAGCCUUAAGACUGAAUCAGCAGAACGUGUACAGGAGCUUCAACAUCGAGUUAAUGAACUACAGAAGCAUGUUGAUGCAGCAAAUAUUGUUGGCAGCCACCAGAUACAAGAGCUGAACAACAAGCAUAAGCAGGAGAUGAAGGAACUUCACAAUCAGCUGAAAUCACUUGCCCAAAUCAAUGAUGAUCUGAAAGUGCAGUUACAGGAAAGCUUACGUGCUAGUGAAGAGACCAUUGGUCAGCUGCAUGCAGCUCAACAGGAACGAGAUUCACAAAUACAGGCUUUGCAGGAAAUCAAUAAGGUGGCAGAGAAACGAAAAGCUCUGCUUGAUGAACUGGCCAUAAAGUACCAGAAAGAGCACGAUAUGCACCGUGAGCAGUCCAUUGCAGCAGAGGAAAAGCACCAAGCACAGACUGUUGCUUUGGAGACUGAAAUCGAUCAGAUGAAGGUAAGAUUGCAAGAAUCCAGCAAACAGGUGCUGUUGAUAGAAGAACUGCAGUCCAAGAUUCACGCACUUGAAGAUGCCAAGGGAUGGCUUGAACGCAGUCUGAAGGAAACAGAGGAGCAUCUGCAGCAAGCACAGCAGGGGAUGGAGGAGAAGAUUCAGGCACUGAAAGCAGAGCAUCAGGCACAUGUAGAGAGCAUGCUAGAAACACACAACACUGAAGUGAAGCAGCUUCUGGAAGGUGGUGAAAGGAAAGUACAGGAAUGGGCUGCCAGGGAAGAGAAACUACAAGAAGAAAUUGACAACUUGAAUUACACAGUUGCCUCACUCAGACAGAACAUCAAAGAUAGUGUUGAUGAAAAAAAGAUACAUGAGAAGAAAGGAAUGGCUAUGCUGAAGGAUCUGAAGAGACAGCUUCACGCAGAACGAAAGCGUGCAGAAAAACUUCAGGAGCGACUGCAGGAAGUUCUCUCGGAGAACAAAAGCAAAAGUAUGGAGGAACUGUUCACACCUGCUGACUCAGGGGAUCUACUGCACUGUGAUGGCAGUUCUGUGUCCUCCUGGAGCACAGGAGCUAGCGGUCUAGGAAAAGAUUCAACUGCUAGUGGACCCCAGUCCCCUUCUGGCAUUAACCAUAGUCUGGCGUCGGUGAUUUCUGACCCUGGUGAAGAGUACACAGAAAUCUUGCAGCGUAUAGCCCACAUUCAAGAGGAAAAGUGGUCUUUAGAGGAAAAGGUGAGGCAUCUGGAGACCAGCAAUGCGUGCAUGGCAGAUGACUUGCUUGAGAAGUCAGCCAUCAUACAGCAUUAUGUCAUGAACUCCAACAUAGUGGGAGGACGGCGACAGAGCCAGCACGUGGAGGAGCCCAAGCUGAGUCUGAGAAAGGUGAUGGAGCUGGUGAAGAGCGGCGACCACAGCGAGUUGCAGGACAUGAACCGCAAGCUGCAGCGCAUGCUGGAGGAGACGCUGACCAAGAACAUGCACCUGCAGCAGGAUCUGGAGGUGAUGUCCCAGGAAGUGGUUCGUUUGAGCCGCCUGUCAGCAGGAGGAAUGUUGGGGACUGAGGGCAGUGGCGGCAAGCAGGACGCGCCCGUCAGUCCGGCAAAUCCGCGCGGGGGCAGCACUGGGCCUCGCACCCCUCGCGCAGUAGGCAGGGGAGAGCAGAAGGAGGCUGCGGUAGACACCCAGCUUGAGGAAGGAGAGGCAGCCUCGGACAGCUCUGCCACAGCUGUGGACACGUCAGCGGCACACAUCGGCCAGGAGGCAGCCGCUGACACCGAGGACACAGCUGCAGACAACGCCGAUGACGCAGGUCCUGAAAGCGGCGGAGACACAGCUGUGGCGAGGUCUGAAAGCGGCAGAAAUGAGCCCCCGACGGACCUGUUAAUACAGAACAACGACAGAUGAAUGCAGAGGGCGGGAGCCUGUUGGGGUUGUAAAGACUGCUUGAUUGGGACACAGAUACAUUCCUUACAGGUCAUCUCAGUGUUUUCUUCUCAUGUGAUGCACUGUCCACACACACGACACGCCCUGACAUGUGAGGCUAAGUGUGUGCGUGUGUGUUUCUUAAUGUGUGUGUGAGAGAGAGAGAGUGUGUGUGAGUCCGCAUGCAUCCAUUCGAGGCCAGAGGUGCGCCGGUUCCAUAUCUGCGUGGUGCAGCGUGCUUUCCUAGUUAACCCAGCUGUUAAAUGGGUCCAUUACCCUUUAGAGGGUUGGGCAAGAAGACGGGCCUCGCUCUCACGAUAAAAGCCAGUCUCUAACACCUGCCUGCCGAAAAAUUACAAGACUACGUAACCUUUGACCUUAAUUACAAGAUGAUUGUUACCAGGCAGUAACUGCUGGUGCCAGAUUCAGUCCUUUCUUUCACCAUUUUGUUUUUGUUAGUCGACGUUAGGAGCAGUGCUUUUUAUAUGAUGAUAUUUGCAACAAUGUGAUCCGGACAUCUUUGCAGAGAAGUGAGAGGAGUAGUGGUCAUGCGAUGAGAGCGUGAACAAGGCGGGUAUACAGAGAGAUGGCUUGGUGUAGGUGUACAGACUUUCCUCAGACGUAUUCUAGGUGUACAUAGAUUGUUCUAGGUGUACAGAGACUUAGCUUGGUCUGUGUUACAAGGGUUAGAUUGGUGUAGAUGUACAGAUACUUAGAUUAUUGUGAGAGUUCCAGUCUUCUGCCCAGAAGGAAGAGCUGGGUGCUGCAGCAGGCCUGAUGGAUGUGUCGGGACAUUUCAUCUGUCUGUCUGUCACACGGGAUGUAGCAUGCAGCAGGCAUGGUAACAAGAGGAUACAGACACUGGACGGAGGCCGACCUAAUCACACUUUGUUCUUGUGCAUGAUUCCUUGAGCUGGCUGACACCUGUCGCCUUGUCAACGUGCAAUAUGUCUUGAUCGCUUCUGUAGAAAGGAGGCGAAACCUUUAUAGACAGACCUGGCUCAAGUAGAACUCGCUUGUAAAUCAUGGGUCGUCAGCUGUAGUGGCUGACAAGACAAGCCAGCUUUUCUUCUGCAGUGGGGACCAGUGAGUGUGCAAGCCGCCUCCCACUGUUUCCACUCAUUUCCACUCUUGGCACUGGUCCAGUCUUCAGUUUUCUCGCAACAGCCGGUCCUGCAAAAAGAAGUAGUUGGGGGAGGGAACAGGGGUGGAGGGUGCUAACACAACACGAAUGAACCUUCGAUAAUGAAAUGGAGGUGGAGCUGACACAACAGUCACGUGAUUUUGCUCAGUGAUUACACGGUAUCGUGUGUCUGUACCUUUUGAAGUAGCUGUGUGUGUCUGUACCUGCUCUAGUCCGUGUGCAUGCGUGUGACUGUCCCUGUACACACGCCGUGUCACAGACAAGGGCAGUGACAGUAAACACAGCUGACACUUUCACUCGGCACUGUCCUGCGAUGAACAUGCCAUUCAACUAAUUGCAAAUCGUCUUGUAUACAAAGUUCCUAGAACAAAGAUUGUUUUAUCUUUUGUAGAAAGUCUUUCAUAAAAUAUUAUCGCUUGUACAAAAUAAAAAAUCUUUUGUACUACAA